AUGGCCUUUUUUGGCAAUCCAAAUGGACCUGGGGGUAUUCUUGGUCAGAUGGUUGGUGGCUUCCAUGCAGGUUAUGGACCCCCAAGGCGAGCCAAUCCACGAGCUUAUGACGAAUAUCUUAAAGCGUACAGUAUGGCCAUGCUUCCCGGGAGAGAGAGGGAGCAUGUUUCGUAUGGUGGUAAACUGAUUAUGCCGCAAUCCGCGCUCGCAAAUUUGAGUAAUCUCGAAAUUGAAUCGCCUUGGAUGUUCAAGCUGCGAAAUCCAGCUAAUCCUGCGGCUUCAACUCACGCAGGUGUCCUGGAAUUUACAGCUGAGGAGGGUGUUGUUCACCUACCAUAUUGGAUGAUGAAAACAUUGCGUUUGAACGAAGGUGACCCAAUUCGAAUCACUGGUACAGAGUUACCCAAGGGGAAAUUUGUCAAGCUGCAGGCUCAAUCCGUACACUUCCUCGAAAUUUCCGAUCCUAAAGCAGUCCUUGAAAGCGCGAUGCGCAACUUCACAACACUCACUCAAGGCGAUAUCGUUGAAAUAUCAUACAACUCCAUUGUAUUCGGCCUGCUAGUAAUGGAAACAAGACCUGGCGGAGAAGGAAUUACGGUUCUUGAUACCGAUCUGGAAGUCGAUUUCGCCCCUCCUGUAGGAUACGUGGAACCAGAAAGGCCGAAAGCUGCACCUCCAACAACCAUGGCUUCGAAACUGAAGAUAGAUCUCGACUCGCAAUCGCCUGGGUCGUCUCGACCAGGAUCUUCUUUAAGUGGAGGAUUUGCGGGCACAAGCACAGGGGUGACAAACGUGAGUAAGGACGGUGAUCAGUGGGAAAGCUUCAAAGGAAAGGGCGAAACCCUCGCGGGAAGAAAGACAAAGGGGAAAGGCAUCAGUCAUCGCAAAGCAGAACAAGUACCAGAAGGUAGCAAGAUCAUCAGGACCGAUAAUCAUCGCAUUGUUUCCAACAAUACAUUAGAAUCCGAUGUCAAAGUACCAGCUGCUUUGAAUCUCCCUUUUGGCCAACUUUUCUUUGGCUUCAAUGUGCAGGCGUAUACACCACCCGAACCUACCCCUGGCUCUCCUGAGGUACCGAACCAGCCGCGACCCGCUUUUUCAGGUUUAGGUAACACAUUAAGUGGUCGAUCCAAUGCAAAACCGCCAGCCCCACCAGCAACUGACAACAAGGGUAAGGCUCAAGCAGAGCCAGCUUCAACGCAUACUUGGGGGUCAUCUGGUCAUACUUUGGGUCGAAAGCCUAUCACCUCAGACGGGCCUGUGGGCGUGGGCGGUGCACGAGUCCCUCAACCGCCGCAAAGAAAGAACAAGAAGGUGGAACGGAGCCCAUCACCUGAGGAUUGGGGAGUUGACGAUGAUGAUGUUAUCAUGAUUGACAGUGAUUAA